AUGUUUCGGCACAACACCGUCCUCUUACUCGCCGCGGCGUAUUGGGGGGUUCCAGCCACGACCCUCGCUGCGGUGACACCCACGCCGACGGAAGCCCACAGCGCUCCCGUCGCAUCGAGCUUCACUGCCGUGUCGGAAUGCCAUCUCCAUGGCAGCGCAGUAUAUUGCGUAGCUGGGACCGCCGAAUUUGAGGUCCACGCUAGCGCGACGGCUACACAAGAUGUCCCGCCGGCCUUUACGGGGUGUCAUAGCCAUGGGGCAGAAACAUUCUGCCUUGACCCCAACGGAAAUGAAGUAGAACUUCAUCCUGCCGGUGAAGAAGAACACGAAGACCAUGAAGGACACGACCACGAGUCUUCAGGCGAGAAUUGCCAUUUCCACGCUGGUGUUGAGCACUGUACCGGCGGUCAUGCUCACGAGGCCUGCGAACUGAUCCAGAGGGACUACAACGUGUCUCUACGUGUCGGCCUACUGUUCGUCAUGCUUGUAACCAGCUCCAUUGGCGUGUUCGUUCCGAUUCUAGUUGCGUCCUAUGUUUCCCCCAGCCAUGCGGUUUUCACCAUUUUGCGGCAGUUUGGGACUGGUGUCAUCAUUUCGACGGCUUUCGUCCAUCUUUACACCCACGCGAACCUGAUGUUCCAAAACGAAUGCUUGGGAACGCUCGCGUACGAAUCGACGGCCUCCGCAAUUCUCAUGGCUGGUCUAUUUCUUUCAUUUCUGAUCGAGUACGCCGGCAACCGCCUCGUCCAAUGGCACCUAGGAAAAGCUGGGUCUGCAAGCGUUGAGUCCGUCAGCUCGGGGAAUGUCCACGAUUCCACUCCCGCCGCCCGCACCGACAUGGUAAACAUCAUGGUGAUGGAGGCGGGUAUCAUCUUUCACUCUUUGCUCAUCGGUCUUACCCUUGUCGUUUCUGGCGACAGCUUUUUCCUCACCCUCUUCGCAGUCAUCGUAUUCCACCAAAUGUUCGAGGGGUUGGCCCUCGGCACCCGUAUUGCCGCUCUCGGCCGUGCAUCCCCAACGGCCACCAUUGACAACUCCUCAUCCACAGAGUCAAACGACAAGACGACGACAGUCCACAACGUCACUUCCUCCACGUCUAGCACCGUCACCAUCGCCAAGAAGCUGCUACUCGCUUUCCCAUUCGCCCUCAUCACCCCGCUCGGCAUGGCCAUCGGUAUCGGCGUGCUACACCGCUUCAACGGCAACGACCCGGCCACGGUCAUUGCGCUGGGUACUCUGGACGCGUUGUCGGCUGGUAUACUGGUGUGGGUGGGUGUGGUGGAGAUGUGGGCACAUGACUGGAUGAUGGCCGGCGGGGAGAUGACGCGUGCGGGAGCGGCCCGGACGGCUUUGGGUUUGGGGGCAUUGGUGGUGGGCAUGGGGGUGAUGAGUUUGUUAGGCAAGUGGGCGUGA